GUUGAAGUUUACGGGAUUGCUCGUUAAUUAGCUUGGCUAGACCUCUCUAACUUUGCGUAUUGGCGUAUCUCGUGGACAGGCAGCUCCAUAACGAAAUCCCAGUGAAAAUGGCGGAAAAUCAAGUAGAAAAGCCUAUCCGGGCGCCCGGAAUAAUCGAGCGUUAUUAUAUCGCUCGUAGUCAUCUGGGAUAUUACAACAACGUAGGCGUCACAUCAACCUACACCAUCCCGCCGGCUCUCCUCUCAUCUGCCUUCCUCGCAGCAGACUGCUCGGCGGCCGUCGCAAACCUCACGUACCAAGUCCUGGCGCAGCUGAUCGCCCAGCACCCAUCGCUAGGAAUCUCAGUUCUCGGCGCAAGCACGCUGACCCCAUCCUGGAACCGGCUCGAGAGCAUUGACCUCCCCAGCCUCGUCACCUUCACCGAGCCUAACGCCUCGGUCGAGGAGUACCUCAUCAAGCUCUUCAACACGCCCAUCCUCGGCGAUGACGGCACCUCACCUCUAUGGCGCGCCCUGGUCAUCCCGUCGCCCCCUGUUGCUGCGGAUGCCACACUAAAGUCUCCAGCUCCAUUCCACCUAACCAUCGGCUUCUUCUACCACCACGCUAUUGGUGACGGGCUCAGCGGCGCCGCGGUACAGACUUGCAUCCAGCGCACUCUUCUUGCCGCCCUGCGCGAGCCGUCGAGUAGCCCACCUACUACCGUUCAACCAUCCAGCGCCGACCUACCGCCCGCCUUCGAGACCGCCGUCCCGCUCACCAUCACCACAGGAGGGUUUCUACGCGCGCUUUACCAGACUGUUUUCCCGAACCGGGACGUCUGGUCGGGUGCCCUUAUUACGAAAUCCCAGCCUGUUGUAACGAAGCUGCGGCAAUUCAGUCUCUCAGCGGCGCAGGCGGCGGCGCUAGCGGCACGGUGUAAGCGCCACGAGACGAGCGUGACGGCGCUGCUGAUGGUUGUUGCUGCGGAGGUGGUGGCGGGGAAGACGAAGGGUGCGAAAGGGAUUGACGCGAGUGUGGCGAUUAGCUUGCGGAAGUUCGCGGAUGGGGUGGGGGCAGAGGAUAUGGGGACAUAUAUAUCCGCCAUGUCGUGCCUGUUUUUCCGAUCAAAUGCGAAGGGAAAGGGGAGGCUGGGCGAUGGGGUGGAGUGGGAGGAAGCAAAGAGAGUCAAGGGGCUGUUGGCCAAGGGUGCCGGGGGGACGAAGAACCAGUUCUCGGCUUUCUUGAAGGUGAUACCUAAUAUGAUGAAGUUUCUGGAGGGUAAGCCUGGGCAGUCACGGGAGAAAAGCUUUGAGAUUAGUAAUUUGGGGGUGGUGGAUUUUGGCAGCGAGAAGGUGGAUGGGGGAGAGGAGAGCGUGAGAUGCGAGAGUGUUGUUUUUGGACAGUCGGCGAAUGUGAUUGGGGCGGCGUACUCGUUUAGCGUCGCGACGGUGAAGGGGGGAGAGUUGAAUGUGCUGCUGAGUUGGCAGAAGGGGGUGGUGGAGGAGCGCAUUGCUAAUGCGGUGAUGGUGGAGUUGGAGAGAUGGCUAACGGCGGAGGCGUCGAAGCACGGUGCUACAAAUGGCCCAUAACGAACGUGAUGGAGGGUGUCUGUGUUCCCAAUGGUGGCCGUUUAGCUGCCAGGACUAAUACUAAUAUUUAUAAUCAACUAGAUAUUUACUUCGGGGAUGACAUACUAUUUUAAUAAGACAGCAGAAUAUAUAUUAAACUAGAUAUUCAAUUCGGGGACGGCAUAGUAUUUUAAUAAGACAGCAGAAUAUAU